UGCAUGUGGUGUGUAUGUGGGGGAGGGGAGGCACGGCGGCCCACUGCUUUUGUUUUGUGAUUUGUUUUUAACAAAAGUUCAACUUUGGUUUGGAGAGAAGGGACAACUAGGGAUCAUGAUUUGUGUAAUCCUGGUGGCUGGACAUGGGCGUGUUCUGGAAAAUGAAAUAAAGAACAAUGCCUUUGGACAUUAUUCCAGUCUGGAAGGAGUUCCAAAGUCAUUGUUGCCAGGAAUCGGAGGAAAGAAGAUCUUAGACUUCUGGUGGGAUGCCAUCAACACGCGGCAAGUUUUCAGUGAUGUUUACCUUGUCACCAAUGCAGACAAAUAUAAGUAUUAUGAGCGUUGGGCAACAGCCCAUGGUUUCCCAGUUGAUAAUAUCAUUAACGAUGGUUCUACUAUACAGGGAAACAGGCUUGGUUCAGUUGGAGAUUUUGACCUGGUGCUAAGGAACAAAAGAAUCAAUGAUGAUGUUCUUGUGGUUGCAGGUGAUAUGCUAUUCCAAGACCAUAACUUUGACAUCACGCAAGUUGUCGACUACUUUAAAAGAAAGAAAGGUGAGCUGGCUAUUUAUUAUGAGAUGGAACCAACUGAGCUUUCACAAAGUCGCGGAAUUGUUGAUGUGUGUCCGUUAACAAACAGAAUUACCCGUUUCAUAGAGAAGCCAGCUGUUGGUGAGACCCUGUCUAGAUCAGCAAGUGUAGUCUUCUACUGUUUCCGUAAACAAACUUUGCCAACGAUUACAGCGUACUUAACUGCUCAUCCUGAUGUACAAGAAAGAAACUUUGGCAUGUACAUGGAAUGGCUGGUUAAUGACUCCAAUGUUGAGGUGUAUGGGAUGAAGCUCCCCACAGGAUUUCAACUCAUAGGACAAAUUGGUCUCCAAGAAUAUGAGAAGUGGCUGGAAUAUUUCUCCGAUAAACAGCUUCAGCAACGAGCUAAAGAACCAUACACUUCCGAAGCAUAUGCUAGAGUUGGAUUGGUGGGGAAUCCAUCGGACGGUUUCCAUGGUAAAACAAUUUCUCUGUCAGUGGCCAACUUCUGGGCGGAAGUAACCAUCAAAGAAAGUCAGAAAUUGAUGUUAGUCCCGCACCCCCUGAACGACCCAACAGAGUUUGGUAGCCUGGGCGAUCUGCAUGGUAUAAGCAGAAAGGAAGGAUACCUAGGUGGGCUGAGGCUUCUCCAGGCUACGUGUAAAAAGUUCUACCAAUACUGCACUGAGCAGGGCAUUGCAUUACCAAAGAGAAACUUCACCUUGAAGUAUGACACCAAUAUUCCAAGACAAGUUGGGCUUGCAGGAAGCAGUGCUAUCGUCACGGCAACGCUCAAAUGUCUGAUGCACUUUUUUGAUUUAACUGACAGUGACCUUCCUCGUCCAUUGCAGCCUCAAUUUAUUUUGAAUGUUGAGGUUGAUGAACUGUUCAUAAACGCUGGUCUACAGGACAGAGUUAUACAGGUUUAUGAAGGUCUUGUUUUCAUGAAUUUCUCCAAGGCAAUUAUGGGGUCAAAAGGUCAUGGCGAUUAUCAAAGAAUAGAUUUUGAUUUAGUUCCACCCCUUUGGCUUGCGUACAUACGUAACCCUAGCGACUCGGGAAAGAUCCACAGUAACAUCAGACAACGAUUUGACAGCGGUGAUGCUGAAGUAGUUGCUGGAAUGCAGAAGUUUGCUGAGCUUACCGAUCAAGCGAGAGAGGCUUUGGAGGGACACGACAUCCCAAGACUUUGUGACCUCAUGAAUGCGAACUUUGACCUGAGGCGACAUCUUUACGGAGACAAAGUUCUUGGAGAUGAGAAUCUCCAGAUGAUAGAGCUGGCUCGAAAGUUCGGUUCAUCGGCAAAGUUUUCAGGAAGUGGUGGAGCUGUUAUAGGCAUUUGCCUUGACCCUGCAAAACUGCCUCUCUUAAAAGCUGCAUUCCAAGAAGAAGGCUUUGUCUUUUGUGAAAUCAUCCCGAGGCAAACGAUGCCUGAUUGUUUGUCCCGAGGGUCCAGCACCGAUGAAGAGAUCUCGUCGGCAGAUCAAGAUGAUGAGACGAAUGAUCACAGAAACAAUGAGAGCACUUCAUAACAUCAUGCUCAUGCUCUGGAACUCCAAGUUUGGUUAAAAGACACUGGACACCUUUGGUAUUUUUGUCAAAGACCAGUCUUCUCACUUGACUUGGUGUAUCCCAACACACACACAAAAUAACAAGCCUGUGAAAAUUUGACGUAAUUUGGGACAGUGUCAUUACAUCAUCAAAACCCUGCCCUUUUAAAAACCAUAUGCCAUGGUCCUACUUGAGUGUCACACAAUACUGAACUUCUCCAUUGCGCUGGGAGCGGACGGUGAGAAUUUACCCCCACGCACAUCAACCUCCUAUUCCGACGAUGACGAUUGACUAGAGCAAGCUAGUCGAAAUGUUGAAACCAAUCAAGAACUCACUCCGCUGUAAUGAAGUUAGUAACAAGAAGUCCCCUCGAUCCACUUAGCAAAAGUAAGUAGUCUCGGCUGAUUUCCUACAUUCCGUCUAGGUAGUAGUUAUAUGAGCAGGACAGUUCUUAAAAGAACUGAGACGUUUCGAAUUCCGAAAAUCUACUCUGCUGUAGUAGAAUAUAAAGCAAGACAAAUUCUGAAAAGAACAUAUUUUAUAGAUACACAUGGUGUUACUGCAAACCAAUAAAACACCAACUUCAUCAUAAAAACAGCUCUGUCAAAUUAAGACACAGUAGAAUUUUGCGUUUUUGUAUUUUUGUACUAUAAUGGCAUUUUACAGUACAGUAUGCUUAGUGAAAAUAAUUAAGGCUGACCACCGAGACCAGAUCGUAAAUUAUAUCUGACCAAUUCUGUCAUUCUUUUCCAGUUGUCGUCAUUUUUUUAUAUCUAUAACUUAAUAUAUUUGAUAUGUAAUAGUCAUUAUGUGGAAAUGCAUUUUUUGUAUACAUCUCUGUAUUCAGGGGAAAUGAUAUUCAUUUGUUAAGAGUAAUCAUGGUUCAAAUUAAUAAUUUAAUUGCCAAUUUAGUUUUGCUCAGCCACAACGAAGGAUUCAAAAAUUCACUGUCUAGCCAGCUACAUGUACCUGCAGCUCUUCAAAAUUGGAUUUGGUGUCAUAUUAAAGCCAUUGGACACUCUCAAUAAACAGUAUUAUCCACGGCCCACACUUCGUGUAUCACAACUUGUA